AUGGCUCCUUUUGAAGCUCUUUAUGGAAGGAAAUGCCGAACGCCACUAUGUUGGUUUCAAGAGGGGGAAGCAGUGUUGACUAGACCUGAGAUCAUCCAACAAACAACGGAAAAGGUGAAGUCGAUUCAAGAAAGACUGAAGGCAUCUCAAAGUAGGCAGAAGUCAUACGCUGAUCGAAGACGAAGACCUCUGGAGUUCGUUGAAGGAGAGCAUGUAUUUCUUAGACUAAACCGAGCGGCUGGUGUUGGAAGAGUCGUUCGGCCAAAUAAGCUAUCUCCUAGGUUCAUUGGUGCGUACCAAAUUCUAAGGUGCAUAGGGACAGUUGCAUAUGAGCUAGCCUUACCGCCUCAACUAUCCAACCUUCAUUCAAUCUUCCACGUAUCUCAACUCAGAAAGUACAUAGCCGAUCGGUCUCAUGUACUAGAAGAUGAAGAUGUGCAGAUCAAAGGAGACUGUUCGGUAGAGCUGCAACUGAUCAAAGUUGAUGAAGGGAUGAAACGACAAAGUGGUAAAACUACAACACUUAUCAAAGUCAUCUGGGAUAACCGAACGGGCGACACUACUUGGGAGAAGGAAGAAGACAUGAAGGAGUCCUACCCUCACUUAUUCUCGAGUGAAUGCCCACAUAGACAUUUGGAGAGGUUCCAACGCAUUUGCUCUGAAAUGAAACCUCCACAUGUCCCUGAUGAUCGCAUUUUCUUAAAGGCAUUUCUGCACUCAGUAGAAGAAGCAGCAUGGGGAUGGCUUUAUUAUCUUCCUCCAGAAUUCAAAACCAAUUAG